GUCAGAGGCCCACAGUGAUGAUUCCACCUCUGACUGAAGGACAGCUGACCACACUGACCUGCACUGCUCCUGGUCUCUGCUCUGGAUCUGAACCUACAUUCACCUGGAGGUGGCGAGGAGGAGGAGAGAGCGACGCUGACCUCACAGGAAACAUCAUGGCCUUCAAAACUGAGAACGUGGCUGCGUUCGCUAAGAGACGCAGCUCGACUCUGUCCUUCUCCCCUUCAGCUGAACAUCACGGAACCAGCAUCACCUGCACGGUCCUCUUCCAAGGACACGUGAGCACAGAGGAGACAGCGACUCUUAAUGUGAGCUACAGUCCCAACCAUGUGACAGUUCAAGCCAAUCCUGGUCUUGAUGUGAAUGAAAAUGUGUUGUUGACACUGAGCUGUUCUGCCGAGUCCAACCCACCAGUGAGCUCUGUCACCUGGAGGAAGACGACUGAUGGGAGAGAGGAAAUUAUCCAACAGACUCAGACUCAGACCUUCAGGGUGAAUUCAGCCAGUCCCUCUGACAGUGGACUGUACAGCUGUGAAGCCACCAAUGACAUUGGAAGUGGAAAGUCACAGCCAGCUGAGGUUAAAGUCAGAUUUGCACACACACACAUCACGGAGUCGGCAGAGAAGCAGGAGCUUGACGGGAGGAGCUCCGUGAUGCUGAGCUGCUUCAGUCACAGCUUUCCCCCAGUCCAACACUACUCAUGGUACAGGAAGAGUCAGGGAGAGGAGAGGAUGGAACUUGUGUCCGAGCAUCAAAACCACACAGUGUACUCAAACCAGUCAGGAGUCUACUACUGCAUCGCACAAAAUGAAGUAGAUCACAGUUUGUCUGAUCCCGUCCAUCUGUUUGAACGUGAGUGA